GAAGAGGAAUGUACCUAAUGUAACCGAAUGUAACAGGUACAGACUCGCCGUUAAUAUCCCAUCAGGCUAUCUAUCAGGAGCAAACCGGACCGGAGGGUGAUGUGGUUGCAGAGCGAUGGGCCUGUCGAAGCGAGUGUCAUCGUGGUCCGUGGAAGAAGUGUUGGAGUGGGUGCAGGAUCAGUACCCGACCCACAUGGGCACGCUCCAUAAAGCCAUAAUCAAGCACGCUAUAUCAGGGCGUGCAUUGCUGAGACUAAAGGACCAUCACUUGGAGCUACUCGGGGUGGAGGCUGAGGAACAGCAGCAGGAAAUCUUGCAGGGCCUCCUCCUCCUCAGAGUUCAUGAAGAAAUCAAUGAACUCAGUGAAAUCUGCUCUGAGUGUUUUUCUCUAUAGCAGAGAAUAAAUGUCUUCAGGAGGAAUGCGGCUUACUUUUUUCAAAUUUUCCAUCCAUUCAUUCAUCCAUGUGAAGGAGGGAGAACAGUGGGAGUGUGGAAACAACAAGAGAAGGUGAAAGUGAAAGAAGAAUCAAUGAAGAAUGAAGAGAGAAAGAAACCCAUUUCCUGUGUGAAAUCUGACCUGUGCAGAUGGAUGGGAUUAGUUUUUGUCUGAGUGUCUUUUUCUGAGCUCUACUGUCCAUUCGUCUCUGUUUUCUGUCUAUCUCUAAAGUGGGUUUACAUCCCAUCAGUGUAUCACGAAAUGGUUUUAUCUAUGUCAAACCAUUUUUGGUCCAGACUGAAAUAUCUCAACAGCUACUGGAUGAAUUGUAAUGAAACUUUCUACAGACAUUCACGCAUACCUGUCAAGUUUUGGAUUUGAAAAUAAGGGAAAUUUUCGGGCGCCCACCGCGAGCAGUCCCACCACCCCAACCAAGCUCCAGUAUCCCUUACAUUUUAG